GUGCUCGGGCCCGCGCAGCGGCGGGGCGCCAGCAGGGCGCCGCCGCUCCUGCAGUGCGGCGCGGAGGCAGAGGCCUGCUACAGCCAGGGCGGCGGCGCCGCGGCCGCGGGCGGCUCCGCGGCGACCGGCCUGGCGGGCGCCCUCAGGGAGGGGUUCGACGAGUUCUACAGGGACUUCCAGGCGUACCCGACGUACGGGGACAACGUCGCCACGACGGCUGGGGCGUGCCGGCACGUCAGCCACAUUUUGCACGUGUUGAGCCCCGUGAGCCAGGGCUGCUGCCUCGCCGCUACGGAUGCGGUGAGGAGAGCCUGCCUGUUUGCCGCGUACGUGCGGGUUUUCCACCGCGCAAGCCAGCUGUCCAGACGGCACCACGGGGGCUCAGCGUCCCUGGCGGUGAGCCGCCGGGAACGGAAGGAGCACGACGACAGCCAGGAUGAUGGGCAUCCAGAAUUCUUGACGCUUCGAGUUCUCCGCACUGGCCUAUCCAAAAACAGACGCCAGUCGAGUUGCCCUGGUCAGGGAUGUGCAGCGCCCCUGUAG